AUGUCCACCCCUCUCCCCUCCCGCCUCCCACCCAGCCCAUCUUCUGUCCCUGGUAGACAUUCCUUCCUGAUCUUGCCUCGCUCUUGUGCUACCUCCACAUCUCAUCUCCCCAUGGACGGCGGCGCCGCCACCGUCUGCUCCAUGUGCGGGGACAUCGGCUUCCCCGACAAGCUCUUCCGGUGCGCGCGCUGCCGCUACCGCUUCCAGCACUCCUAUUGCACGAACUACUACGGCGACGGGGCACCGGCCUCAGCCGGGGCCGACAUGUGCGACUGGUGCCUCGGCGACGUCUCCGGGAAGGCCAGGAGGAGCGCGUCUACAUCCGGGAAGCAGCAGGCCUCCGUCUGCCAGGAUUCGGCCACGACGGGCUACUCCGGCAGGAUCGACAAGGCGGCAACCGGCGGCGACCAGGAGAGCGGGCGGCGAGGGUCGACCAAGGUGGGAGGCCGCAGGUACAAGCUGCUCAAGGACGUCCUGUGUUAG